CUAAGUGAUAAAGUCACCCUCGAAGGGGUUGCGGUGCAUAUCACAGAAGUCGACUAUCCGCAUGCUGGCUUGUACAGCUGUGAAGCAAUUAACGAGUACACAACUGGUGGUAAAACAAGCAAGCCGCUAAUAAUCAUCGAGAAAAUGCUGGAUGUAAAGAGUAAGUUACAAGUGACUGCUCAGCUUUUCGUUUUUUUCUUUAAUUUUGGUGCUGUUUUGAAUUAUUUUCUUCAUAGUCGUUUGUAUAUCGCUCCAUAG